AUGGCCUCAACAAUUGUACUCGUGAUGAUGUUGUUAAUAGUUUUAGUACUAGCAUAUUGGUACUAUUUGGACAAAACUCGAGAGAAGCAGGCAGCCAAAAGAGGUCUCAAAUAUGACCUUCCAGUGGAUAAAGUUGUUUUACAUCCAUUAGACAAUGAAAUGAAGUCUGACGAAAUGCCUAGAACAGAUGACACACAAGGCAGCAUGAAUGAAAUAAAAGAAGCGCAAAGAAUCCCAAUACUAGCAUAUUGGUACUAUUUGGACAAAACUCGAGAGAAGCCAGCAGCCAAAAGAGGUCUCAAAUAUGACCUUCCAGUGGAUAAAGUUGUUUUACAUCCAUUAGACAAUGAAAUGAAGGCUGAUGAAAUGCCUAGAACAGAUGACACACAAGGCAGCGUGAAUGAAAUAAAAGAAGCGCAAAGAAUCCCAAGUAAGAAAAGAUCAGGAGGGAAUAAGGUAUCGGAUACAGCACUACCACAAAAAUUUCGAACUGUCUAUGCCUAA